UAGCUGUUCGCUCCUAAGGGAGAAUUCCCGCCGGAGCCGGAGCCGGAGCCAGAGCUGGCUUGUCAAUGCGUAGAAGUUUUCGAGCCCUAGCCGGACAUGGCAGACGAGACCCCCAAGAAGGGGAACUUCUCGGCUCUCGUUGGACACACCAAUGGCCUCACGAAACCUGCUUCCCUCGCGGCAGCCGCCGCAGUCUCCACGAAACCUGGGGGCGGCAGCGGCUCAAAGAAAUUAGUGAUCAAAAAUUUCCGAGGAUUCUGUGCAAGCUCUCUGUGGCUGUUCAUCGAGUCGCUUUCAAACUUGAACAUCACUUUUGUCCAGCCACUAGGCGGUUUUGGACCCUGGACACCUUUCAGGACAGACCUAAAUUGCCUGAUAAUUACACUCAAGAUACAUGGCAGAAGCUUCAUGAGGCAGUGAAAGCCAUACAAAGUAGUACUUCCAUUAAAUACAACCUGGAAGAGCUCUACCAGGCUGUUGAAAAUCUUUGUUCUCACAAAGUUUCCCCAACACUCUACAAACAGCUACGUCAGGUUUGUGAAGAUCAUGUCCAAGCACAAAUCCUUCAAUUUAGAGAAGACUCACUAGAUAGUGUUUUAUUUUUAAAGAAGAUUAACACAUGCUGGCAAGAUCAUUGCAGACAAAUGAUCAUGAUUAGAAGUAUUUUCUUGUUUUUGGAUCGUACUUAUGUACUUCAAAAUUCCAUGCUUCCUUCUAUAUGGGAUACAGGAUUGGAACUAUUUAGAAACCAUAUUGUUAGUGAUAAAAUGGUUCAGAGUAAAACUAUUGAUGGAAUUCUUCUAUUAAUUGAACGAGAGAGAAAUGGUGAAGCUGUGGACAGAAGCUUAUUGCGAAGUCUACUGAGUAUGCUCUCUGAUCUUCAGGUAUAUAAAGAUUCAUUUGAGCUGAAAUUUUUGGAAGAGACUAAUUGUUUAUAUGCUGCAGAAGGCCAAAGAUUAAUGCAAGAAAGAGAGGUUCCAGAAUAUCUUAACCAUGUAAGUAAACGUUUAGAAGAAGAAGGAGACCGAGUAAUCACCUAUUUAGACCACAGUACACAGAAACCGCUGAUUGCCUGUGUGGAAAAACAGCUAUUAGGAGAACAUUUAACAGCAAUUCUGCAGAAAGGGCUUGAUCACUUACUCGAUGAGAAUAGAGUACCUGAUCUCACACAGAUGUACCAGUUGUUCAGUCGAGUAAAAGGCGGCCAGCAGAUAUUACUGCAGCACUGGAGUGAAUACAUCAAGACUUUUGGAACAACAAUAGUUAUCAAUCCUGAAAAAGAUAAAGAUAUGGUGCAAGACCUACUAGAUUUUAAAGAUAAAGUGGACCACAUCAUAGAAGUGUGCUUUCAGAAAAAUGAAAAAUUUAUCAACUUGAUGAAGGAAUCCUUUGAAACAUUUAUCAACAAGAGACCAAAUAAGCCUGCAGAAUUGAUCGCAAAGCAUGUUGAUUCAAAGUUAAGAGCGGGUAAUAAAGAAGCAACUGAUGAAGAACUAGAAAGAAUCCUUGACAAAAUCAUGAUAAUAUUCAGGUUUAUUCAUGGUAAAGAUGUUUUUGAAGCAUUUUAAAAAGACUUGGCAAAAAGACUUCUUGUUGGAAAAAGUGCCUCAGUAGAUGCUGAAAAGUCUAUGUUGUCAAAACUAAAACAUGAAUGUGGUGCUGCGUUCACCAGCAAACUGGAAGGCAUGUUCAAGGACAUGGAACUUUCAAAAGACAUCAUGGUUCAUUUUAAGCAGUAUAUGCAGAAUCAAAGUGAUCCAGGAUCUAUCGAUCUAACAGUAAAUAUACUUACAAUGGGAUACUGGCCAACAUACACACCUAUGGAAGUACAUUUAACUCCAGAAAUGAUUAAACUUCAGGAGGUAUUUAAAACAUUUUAUCUUGGAAAGCACAGUGGUCGAAAACUUCAGUGGCAAACAACCUUGGGACAUGCCGUUUUAAAAGCUGAGUUUAAGGAAGGAAAGAAGGAGUUUCAGGUGUCUCUUUUUCAAACAUUAGUGCUUCUCAUGUUUAACGAAGGAGAUGAAUUCAGUUUUGAAGAAAUAAAAAUGGCUACUGGUAUAGAGGAUAGUGAAUUGCGAAGAACAUUACAAUCACUGGCUUGUGGUAAAGCACGUGUGCUGAUUAAAAGUCCAAAAGGAAAGGAUGUUGAAGAUGGAGACAAAUUCAUUUUUAAUGGAGAGUUCAAGCACAAGUUGUUUAGAAUAAAGAUCAAUCAAAUUCAGAUGAAAGAAACUGUUGAGGAACAAAUCAGCACCACAGAAAGAGUGUUUCAAGAUAGACAAUACCAGAUUGAUGCUGCUAUAGUAAGAAUAAUGAAAAUGAGAAAGACUCUUGGUCAUAAUCUUCUAGUCUCUGAAUUAUAUAAUCAGCUGAAAUUUCCAGUAAAGCCUGGAGAUUUAAAAAAGAGAAUUGAAUCUCUUAUAGACAGAGACUAUAUGGAGAGAGAUAAAGACAAUCCGAAUCAGUACCACUACGUGGCAUAAUGAAGUCAGCAGACUAUUUUCUUUUAGUAGAACACUAGAAUGUAUCUUCAGAGCAAUGAAACACAUCUGUGCUGUUUCCAAGCUUUUUUGUGAUUGAACCAGCUGCAGAUACUUUUGGCUUAGAAGGAAAGAAAAUGAUUCUUGGAUCAUCCUUUACAAGGGUUAAGAAUUUUCAUAUGGCAUAUGUACUUUUCUCCCCUUCAGUUCUCUUGUUCAUUUAGGCAUUCAAAUUGUUUCUGCUGCUCUGUGCAAAAUAAUUUUGAGAUUGGACAAAAAGAUAUUGGUUAAAAGAAGUUGCUUUAUAAGGUUUUGUCCUUGUGACAAAAGCUGAAGGUUUGGUUUGGGGUUUUUUUUGCGUGUGAUCAUGAAUGCACAAUUUUAAAGAUCCUAAAUGCUGCAUUCUUUAGCUGUCAAGAUUACUUAGGUAUUCCUGAAGACCAGGUAUCUUAGUUGAUGAACAGAUGGAUUGAAAACAAGAACCCUUAAUUGGUGAACAUUAGGAAGAAACAGUCAGUGUUAAAAACUGGCUAAUCAAUUAUGCAAUCCAAAUACUGACAUCUAUCAUUUCAUUUAUUUUCAAAUAAUUUUAAAUUUUGAUGACUGAUUUUUUUAUAAAUCAGGUUUCUAAGUGAGACUUCUUAGAUGUGCCAAGAGGACAUUGUGUGUCUGAUGUGUUUAAUAUAGUAAACCAUCAGCAUCUUUAUUUUAGCAGAGUUAUUUGUGAAUUUACUGUUUAAGGGUUUUGGGGGGGGUUAGUGUGUUUGUGUUUACCAUUCAUUCUAAGAUUGAGUCUAGCAGUCCCUGUUUUUUGCAUUAGGGUAACUGCUGUUUGAUUUUUUUAAAUUACAGUAUUUGUAUUAUUGCUAUAAUAAAGUUUGGUUUUGUUUUUACAGCCAUGCACAGGGACAGUAAUUGUUCUAUGUGCUACACCACUGUAAAAAAUUUUAUAGGAGAUUUAAAUGUCUUGAUAUUGUGAAACAGAGGUUAUUUUGUCAAAAGAUUAAAAGAAUGUUGUUGGUAUCUGGUUUCAUGUUGUGUGUAUAUAUAUAAAGUGAGGUUGAGCAGCAAAAUGAAAAUUCAGUAGUGAUGUUAGUAUGGUAACUAUGAAAAAGAUACUUUUGUUAUAACAUUGAAAAGUACUACUUUAUAUUUUACAUAACAGCAUGUUUCAUUUGAUUAAAAGUUACCAAAGGAAUUUUGAUCAUGGUAUAAGUGUUUAAAGCAAUAUUUUCUGGAAUAUA